AUGGAGGAGAAGCGGAUUGAUUUUGCGCAAGAAUGCAAGCAAAAGGUGAAAGGGAUUCUCAAGCUUAUAUGGAUUCUGGAAGGUUCACCUGAACCACCUUUCAAUUCAGAGGAAUAUAUGAUGCUAUACACGUAUCCAUUUCUUUCUUUCUCUUUUCACCUCUGUCUUACACUUGUUUUGCAACUUUUUGCAUUUGCCGCCAUUGAAUCAUCUAGCUUUAGCUCAUCAAUGUAUUUUGGUUCUAAGGCUUUGCGAGCUAUAAGAAAUAAGCACGAUGAGUAUAUGUUGAAGGAGCUUGCCCAAAGAUGGUCAACCCAUAAGCUCAUGGUCAGGUGGCUUUCUCUGUUCUUCUCUUAUCUCCAUCGAUGCUACAUCACGAAUUGCAAUCUCCCUGGAUUCAAUGAAGUUGGGAUAUCUUGUUUCCGGGAUGGGGUUUAUAUGAUGGUAAAAGCUGAUGCUAGGGAAGCAGUGAUCACACUUAUUAACAAAGAACGAGAGGGUGGACAGAUUGACAGAUCCCUAUUGAAAAACAUUGUAGAUAUAUUUGUUGAGGUUGGUCUCGGGAAGUUGGAUCAUUACGAGCAGGAUUUUGAGAUACAAAUGCUAGAUGAUACAGCCAAUUACUACAAAAGCAAGGGCACAAUAUGGAUUGAGGUUGACUCCUUUCAAGAAUAUCUGUCGAAGGCAAGUGUAUCAAGAAUUUCUAAGUUUGAAUAUCAUGGAGCAAAGUUCCCAUGUUAUCAUAUAUUCUUAGUACAGCAAUGUUAUUUUGAGCCUCCCAAGGGAGAAGAGAGUGUACCUAGACUUCAAAACAACUUUGUGGAAGAUCUCUCUAGAGUCUAUAGGAUUUCCCAGCAAAUACCUAAAUUCUUGAGACUUCUUGCCCUUUUAUUCAAGAAGCAUAUUACAGCUGAAGGUACGGUAUUGAUCCAACAGGAAGAAGAAGCUGCUAACAAUCAGACUGCAAGAGGGUCUAGCAUCCGUGGACAUCAGGUACUAAUCAGAAAAAUUAUCGAGGCCCAUGACAAGUAUAUGGCAUAUGUCAAUGAUUGCUUUAUGAUUGAUACUAAGUUUCACAAGGCACUGAAGGAAGCAUUUGUGAUAUUUUGCAAUAAAACUGUUGCUGGCUGUACCACUGCAGAACUAUUAGCUGCAUUUUGUGAUAAUAUCCUAAAAAGGAGAGGGAGUGAGAGGCUGAGUGAUGAAGCAAUUGAAGAAAAUCUUGACAAGGUAGUCAAGUUGCUUGUUUAUAUCAAUGAUAAGGAUCUUUUUGCAAAAUAUUGCAGGAAGAAUCUUGCCUGCAGAUUACUUUUUACCCCGGAUGCUAAUGAGGAGCAGGAGAGGAUUCUUUUAUCAAUGCUAAAGCAACAGCUUGGGGGAAAUUUCACAUUGAACAUGGAGAGAAUGGUUAAUGACAUGAUAUUGGCCAGGGAAUGUCAAAGUCAAUUUUUGAAGUAUCUUCAUAAUAAGGAAAUUCAAAAUCUUGGAAUGGACAUCACAGUUACUGUCCUUACUACAGGGUCUUGGCCAACUUACAAAACAUUUGAUCUCAAUCUCCCUUCCAUGAUGAUUAAAUGCAUGGAAGUUUUCAAGAGCUUUUAUGAUUUAAGAUACGGGAGAAAGACAAGAAGACUUAGGUGGAUUUACUCAUUGGGGACAUGCAAUGUCAAUGGCAACUUUGAACCAAAAACCAUUGAACUAAUUGUAUCCACAAGUCAGGCUGUUAUCCUGCUGCUAUUCAACAAUGCAGAUAGAUUGAGCUAUUCAGAGAUUAUGACUCGGCUGAACUUGAGCCACGAAGAUGCCGGUAGAUUACUCCACUCGCUGUCCUGUUCGAAGUAUAAGAUACUUAACAAGGAGCCCAACACAAAAUCUAUAUCUCCAAAUGACAUCUUUCAGUACAACUCUAAAUUUACUGACAAAAUGAGGAGGAUCAAGAUCCCCAUUACACAGCAUGAGGACAAAAGGAAGAUGGUUGAAGAUCUCGACAAGGAUAGGCAGUAUACCAUUGACGCUGCAAUUGUGCGCAUUAUGAAGAGCAGGAAGGUUUUGGGCUAUAAGCAACUGCUUUCGGAGUGUGUCAAGAUGUUAAGCCCCUUGUUCAAGCCUGAAAUCAAAACAAUCAAGAAACGCAUUGAACAUCUCAUUGCAACGGACUAUUUGGAAAGGGACAGAGAUAACCAAAAUAUAUUCAAAUAUGUGGCAUAAUGGAAGCAACUAAUGUGCAGUGGCCAAUGUUUAUUGUCUAGUAGUUAAAUGCAGUUAAAUGCAUGAUAGAAUGAUUGCUCCAUGCUUCUUUGUCGAUUGUUGUAGACAAUAGAGGCUAUAAAUAUUUGGAAAGGAAGAAUUACUGAAAAGAAAUUGUUAAAAUACGU